GAGGCUGGGCGGCCGGGGAGGCCGACGGGGAGGGAGGCUAGGCUGGCAGGCGGGAAGCCGGACGGGGAGGGAGUGCGGGCUGUCUGGGCGCUGGGGCCCGUCCCGCCCGCCGCGCCUUCCGCCCGGCCGCCCGGCGAGAAGGGAGCGGGCCUGGGUCUCGGGUCCGCCGGCCGAGCGUUUGCCCGAGGGUCGCGUUAUGUAACGGACGCUCUGGGCACGUUGAGCCCGGACGGGAAACUCCCCGUUCCAGGGCCGCGUUUGAAAGACUCGAGGGGCGCGCGGACCCGGGCCGCCGCCCCCUCCUCCCCCCAUCCCGCGCUGAGAGCCGGUGGUGGACUCAGCGGCCUCCGGGGCCCUUUGGAAGAAGUAACUUGAUUGAGGUGUAAUUUACGGAGGACGCGCGCGCUGCGGGUGCGCAGUGGAGUUUUGACGAAAGGCCGCGCCCCCGUGGAGAAGGCGCCCCCGUGGAGAAGGCGCCCACCGCCCGGGAAGGGUCGUGGGUGGAGGGCGCUGCGUGCACUCACCUGCCUGCAGUCCCGUCCCUGCACGAGGGUGUAAGUGGCUUGUCCGAAGCCAGGCGGGAAAGGCACUGAUUGAGAAGGUGAGCCGGCCCUGGGUGCCGACUGCCUCUCUUACGGCCACAUGGUUUUUCAAGGUGCAUCUAUCAGUAGGGUCUGGAGAGGCUGCUGAUCGCCUUCUCGUGGGUACGCUUGUCCCCGCGCGGAAGGGUCAAGUGUGGGUGGAGCCCGAGGGCCAGAGAUCGGGAAGUGAUGGCCGGGUGAGAUGGUCUGCAGAGUGACCCGCGCCUCCUUUCCCUGUCACCAUCUAGCUUUCAAGUUGCGGAGCUGCACGACCGUUAAGUGCUGUUCUCCGGGUACUAAGUGUCCAGAGCUUCAGUGCCCUCUGGGAGAGCGUGGGUUUUGAAGGGCCGAUUUUGCUUAGUACUGUUGGUUCUCUGCUUCCGAGGAGAAAAUUACACGUUCGCUUUGCAUCUGCUGAGUAACCGACUAUCGCUUCUGCCCCACCCCAGUAAGGACCCCUGAAGCUGUGCGCUGUGCCCUGGCGCACCGGCGUCCCCUCCGAGCAGGCUGCGGUGCUGACAGUGGGGGGGCCGUGCCCCUCUCCCCCAGAAGGGAUGGCGGGGCCAGGGCUAGCUGGGCAGCGGCUUGGCUGACCGCACAACAGGAGUCCAGGGCUGCGUGGGCCCCUGGAGACCCCCGAGAUGCAGGUGAGCGGCGGGUCGGCUGCUCGUGCUGUUUUCCGUGCCUGUCAAAUUGCACGUAAAACGUGGAUUUCUGUUUGACAGAAGAGAAAACCACAAUCGGAAGGGUCUCUCUUAAAAAGUGCAUUUUUAGGGUCCGCUGGGGUUUCCGCUGGGGUUUGAGACAGCGAAGCUGGCCCUGGGAGGGCUUUUCCUGGAGGCCAGGUGGGUCGCUGUGCGGAGGCGCCCCGUGCUGGCUCCUCGGGGCUCCAUCCCGUGGUGGGCCUUGGGCUCCACCUUGGAAUGUUGUCAGCCAGUCUCUUAAAUGUUACUCUGCUUCCUGUUAGUAAAAUGUGGUCGUUUGGAGGGAGGAGGGGUCCUUGUCAUCAGUUCCUGAGGUGCCACCCUGCUUGGCGGGCAGUGGUCCAGAGUCAGGAGUCAUCACACGAGUGAGUCCUGCAGUAGAUGCGGUUGGUGGCAGACGGCGGACGUCUGAAAAGAGCAAAUGCUCAUAAGUCUCUGUGGCCCAGAUUUCGGGCACCUGAGCCUGUGCUGGCACCUGAGAAUGGGGGGGCUGGGGGCGCCUCUGCGGGCGGCGCCGGGGGUCUUAGGGUGGCCCUUGCUGUGGCAGGAGGCGGGCCCGGCACCGUGGUCAAGCCAGCAGCUGAGAAGUGCUCUGAGGGGCAGGGCAGGUGGCUGGCCCGUGGGGGCUUUUCGUGGUUGCCACUCCUGAGCCCUGUAGAGGCUGGGUGGAGGCCUUCCAGGGGUGAAGCCUGCCCCCAGGCCAGUACGGGGCUUCCCUCUUGAGCCCUGGAGUGGCUGGUGGCCCUGUGCCCUAACACGGUUGUGGAGGACGCGUUCCUUGAGAGGAUGGACGGGGCUGUGGUCAGGCUGCUGAGGCUUCCAGGCUCCCUAGGGGUGCUGACGGGACCUCCACUUCGGGGCUCAGGGCUCUCUCCUGGGCAGCAGUAGUAGUGGAGCCAGGGGCCAGAGCCUACCGGGGUCCAGCCCUGUGUGUGUGCUGUCCUGAGCUCAGGGCUGCGACCCCUGCUUGUGAGGGAUGUGGCCGUCGGCUCGGUGACCUGUGGAUCCAAGAAGGUGACUGGUGAGCAGUGGGCGUCAGCAUCCUGGAAGGACUUGUCAUCGCGUGUGCCUCUGGGAGCCCCUCUUCACCGCCUGCCCUCUCCUCUGGUCCCGGGAGUCCCUGGGGAGGGGCAGCCUCGGGGCAACGGGCUGUUGAAGGUUGUUGAGAUACCAUUGUGAGUCCCGGGAUGAGUGAUUUUGGGAACCUCCGAGAUGGGUUUGCCGGGAGUUUUGUUUCGAUUCAGCACGAGUUGCUUAGGUCUGCCCAAGCGUACCUGGUGGCUUUCGCCUCUCGUGUCCUCUGUGUGGAGUUAACGUGUCCUCUGCGUCCGUUUCAGGGAGUCAGUACCAAAUGAGGAGGAAAGGCCGAGGUCAUCGCGCUGCAGCGAGGCACCCUUCCUCCCCCGGCAGCACUAAGCACUCCCCCACGCGAGAGACGCUGACCUACGCGCAAGCGCAGAGGAUGGUGGAGAUCGAGAUCGAGGGCCGCCUGCACAGGAUCAGUAUUUUCGACCCUCUGGAGAUCAUAUUAGAAGAUGACCUCACUGCUCAGGAGAUGAGCGAGUGCAACAGCAACAAAGAAAACAGCGAGAGGCCGCCCGUGUGCCUGAGAACUAAGCGGCACAAGAACAACAGGGUCAAGAAGAAAAGCGAAGCCCCGCCCAGCGCGCACGGCGCCCCCACCCCGGCCAGCGCGCUCCCCGAGCCCAAGGUGCGCGUGGUGGAGUACAGCCCCCCGGCGGCGCCCCGGCGGCCCCCCGUGUACUACAAGUUCGUGGAGAAGUCAGCCGAGGAGCUGGACGACGAGGUGGAGUACGACAUGGACGAGGAGGACUACGCCUGGCUGGAGAUCGUCAACGAGAAGCGCAGGGGCGACUGCGUGGCGGCUGUGUCGCAGGGCGCGUUCGAGUUCCUGAUGGACCGCUUCGAGAAGGCGUCGCACUGCGAGAAGCAGAAGCAAGGGGAGCAGCAGUGCCUGAUUGAUGAGGACGCCGUGUGCUGCGUGUGCAUGGACGGCGAGUGCCAGAACAGCAACGCCAUCCUCUUCUGCGACAUGUGCAACCUGGCGGUGCACCAGGAGUGCUACGGCGUGCCGUACAUCCCCGAGGGCCAGUGGCUCUGCCGCCACUGCCUGCAGUCCCGGGCCCGGCCGGCUGACUGCGUGCUGUGCCCCAACAAGGGCGGCGCCUUCAAGAAGACGGACGACGACCGCUGGGGCCACGUGGUGUGUGCCCUGUGGAUCCCCGAGGUCGGCUUCGCCAACACGGUGUUCAUCGAGCCCAUCGACGGCGUGCGGAACAUUCCCCCCGCCCGCUGGAAGCUGACGUGCUACCUCUGCAAGCAGAAGGGCGUGGGCGCCUGCAUCCAGUGCCACAAGGCCAACUGCUACACCGCCUUCCACGUGACGUGCGCCCAGCGGGCCGGCCUCUACAUGAAGAUGGAGCCCGUGAAGGAGCUGGCCGGCGGCGCGGCCACCUUCUCUGUCAGGAAGACCGCGUACUGUGACGUCCACACGCCCCCGGGCUGCACCCGGCGGCCCCUGAACAUUUAUGGGGACGUCGAGGUGAAAAACGGCAUCUGCCGGAAGGAGAGCUCAGCCAAAACGGUCAGGUCCACGUCCAAGGUCAGGAAGAAAGCGAAGAAGGCCAAGAAGACGCUCCGCGAGCCCUGUGCGGCCCUGCCGCCUGUGUGCGCGCCCUACAUUCCCCCUCAGAGAUUAAAUAGGAUUGCGAAUCAGGUGGCCAUUCAGCGGAAGAAGCAGUUUGUUGAGCGCGCCCACAGCUACUGGCUCCUCAAAAGGCUGUCGAGGAACGGAGCCCCCCUGCUGCGCAGACUCCAGUCCAGCCUGCAGUCCCACAGAAACACGCAGCAGAGAGAAAACGACGAGGAGAUUCAAGCUGCCAAAGAGAAGCUGAAGUACUGGCAGCGGCUGCGGCACGACCUGGAGCGCGCGCGCCUGCUCAUUGAGCUCCUGCGCAAGCGCGAGAAGCUCAAGAGGGAGCAGGUGAAGCUGGAGCAGGUGGCCCUGGAGCUGCGGCUGACCCCGCUCACCGUGCUGCUGCGCUCCGUGCUGGACCAGCUGCAGGAGAAGGACCCGGCCCGGAUAUUUGCCCAGCCAGUGAGCCUGAAGGAGGUUCCGGAUUAUCUGGAUCACAUUAAACACCCUAUGGACUUUGCCACGAUGCGGAAACGGUUAGAAGCGCAAGGGUACCGGACUCUCAGGGAGUUGGAGGAGGACUUUGACCUCAUCGUGGACAACUGCAUGAAGUACAACGCCAAGGACACGGUGUUCUACCGGGCGGCCGUGCGGCUGCGUGACCAGGGUGGCGUGGUGCUCAGGCAGGCCAGGCGCCAGGCCGACAGCGUCGGCUUCGAGGAGGCCUCAGGGAUGCACCUGCCCGAGCGGCCCCCCGCGGCCCCCCGGCGGCCUUUCUCCUGGGACGACGUGGACAGGUUGCUGAGCCCGGCCAGUAGGGCCCACAUGGUCCUGGAGGAGCAGCUGCGGGAGCUGCUGGACAUGCUGGACCUUACGUGCUCCAUGAAGUCCAGCGGGUCGCGGAGCAAGCGGGCCAAGUUGCUGAAGAAGGAGAUCGCCGCCCUUCGGAGCCAGCUCAGCCAGCAGCACAGCCAGCCCCCGGCCGCCGAGUCAGGAGAUAAAUCUCCCCCUAAACUUGAACCAUCAGAUGCAUUACCUCUUCCUUCAAACUCGGAGACUAAUUCAGAACCACCAACCCUCAAACCAGUAGAACUCAACCCAGAGCAGAGUAAACUAUUCAAAAGAGUCACAUUUGGUAAUGAAUCACAUAGCACUUGCACUCAGAGCGCACUGGUAAUCGGACACCCUCCAGAGCCCACCCUCGCCAGUAGUGGCGAUGCGCCGGCGGCGGCCUCCGCGGUGGCGGAGCCAUCAAGCGAUGUAAACAGACGCACUUCUGUUCUCUUCUGCAAAUCGAAAAGUGUAAGCCCCCCAAAGUCUGCCAAGAACACUGAAACCCAGCCAACUUCUCCUCAGCUAGGGACCAAAACCUUUUUGUCUGUAGUCCUUCCGAGGUUGGAGACUCUUCUGCAGCCAAGAAAAAGGUCGCGAAGCACCUGCGGCGACUCCGAGGUGGAGGAGGGGUCCCCGGGAAAGCGCCUGGACACAGGGCUCACCAAUGGCUUUGGGGCCGCGAGGGGCGAGCAGGAGCUGGGCGGCGCCCCGGGGAGAACGGCCGCGCCCCGCCGCCGCUGCGCCUCCGAGUCCAGCGUCUCCUCCAGCAGCAGCCCGCUCUGCGACUCCAGCUUUAGCGCGCCCCCGUGCGGCCGGGGCAAGCCCGCCCUGGUCCGCAGGCACACGCUGGAGGACCGCAGCGCGCUGAUUUCCUGCAUCGAGAACGGGAACUACGCCAAGGCAGCCCGGAUCGCGGCCGAAGUUGGUCAGAACAGCAUGUGGAUUUCAACUGACGCCGCGGCCUCCGUUCUCGAGCCCCUGAAGGUCGUGUGGGCCAAGUGCAGCGGCUACCCCUCGUACCCGGCCCUGAUCAUCGACCCCAAGAUGCCGCGUGUGCCUGGCCACCACAACGGGGUCACCAUCCCGGCGCCGCCGCUGGACGUGCUGAAGGUCGGCGAGCACAUGCAGACCAAGGCGGACGAAAAGCUCUUCCUCGUCCUGUUCUUCGACAACAAGAGAAGCUGGCAGUGGCUCCCGAAGUCCAAGAUGGUUCCCCUUGGCAUUGACGAGACGAUAGACAAGUUGAAGAUGAUGGAGGGGAGGAACUCCAGCAUCCGGAAGGCGGUGAGGAUCGCCUUCGACCGCGCCAUGAACCACCUGAGCCGCGUGCACGGGGAGCCGGCCAGUGACCUCAGCGACAUAGACUGACGCGGCUGUGGCCUUGUCCGUAGUGUCGAUACGCUGUACAUACUGUAUAUUGUUCACCACUUAACUUAUUCUGAUUUUUAGGUGUAGUUUAAUUCUUUCUCCCAGGGAGGGGGAGGUUUUAUUUCCCAGUUUUCUAUGAAAUCAUCCCCGUCUGGGCGCUCUGUGAAUGGCGUGGGCGCGUCCCCCGAGUGCAGCUCUGUGCCCCUCACGGGUCGCUCCAGAGGGCGCUGCCGGCCUCACUUUCUUUGAUCUGUAGCUGUUUUUUUUUGUUUUUUUUUUUAAAGACUUUUGAAUGUUUAAUAAUUUUGUAAAUCAUGCUCUUUACACAGAGUACCACUUAUUUAAUAGACGGGAUGUAAAUUUACAAUGACAAAUGUGUAUUUUAAGAAAGAAAAUGACAUUAUUUUGAAUGGUACUUUGUGGAAAGAGGUGGAGAAUAAACUUAUGCCGCGCGCAUCACUUGCAAAUCACCAAAAACACUCCGCCGCCCCCGUGAGGGCUGGGGCAGCGCCUCCUCUGGGCCUCGCCAGCCUCGACCACGCGCCAGCCUCCGCCUGUCCGCGCCAGCCUCCCACGGGCGUGCCUCCCAGCGGAUUAUUUAUUGUAGAAAGUGUAUCAUUUGCUUUAUAACGAGAGAUAAAUUGGCAGAAGUAUAUUGAUAUGCGUUUUAUACAGGACAUAAAAUCCAACUUGCUUCGGGAGCAGGAUGUGUUGGUUGUUGUACAAAUGACUCUGGCUGUGUUCUUUGAUUUUGUAACUUGUAAUCUUUUGUUUACAAUGAGGGGCUUUCUGUAACUUGUUUUAAUUUAGAACACUUUGGUAGCAAUAGAAACUUUGGAUACAUUUUUGUAUGGUACACGUGAUGUAUAUAGAAUUAGUACUUUAUUUUUUAUUUUUAAGAGGUAAAGCAUUAUGUUAGGGGAAAAGGUAGGGUGGGUUUCCAAAAUGGCAUUUUUUAUAUUAAAAAAUAAAGUCAAGAUUUGGACGGUGUGUCCCUUUCAUUCCUACACCAUUAGAAUGCCGGGUGGGCGUGCAGCCUGGCGGCCGGGCCGGGGCUGGGCGAGGGUCCCUGCAGCCGAGGCACGCGACACACCUUCAUCUCAAAGUGUCGCGGGAUGUCAUUAUUUAUUAUUUUACCUAAUCAUAUUUUUAUUUUAAAAUGGUAGUUUAAAAUUUUUAAAUGUUUUUUUUUCUUUUAAGUCUGCAUCGUUUGUAACAUCUCCAUAGAAACUUGAAAAUAAAACAUCUUCCUUUGA